AUGCACUUCGACCCAGUUCCACUAAAACCAUGGCUUGUCCGCACACUCGAACCUAUAUGCGAUGCGGAGCCCGGAGCCCUUGCUGACUAUAUACUCGCGUUAUUGAAGCAUAAUGUGCCAGAAUCUGAAAUGCGCAACGAAUUGGCCGUGCAGUUGGACGAGUUUCUUGAGAAGGAAUGCAGACCCUUUCUCGAUAUUUUAUUCACUGCAAUUCGCACCAAAUCAUAUCUUCCUUACGCCGCUUUCCCUACCUCCUCCACACAUCCUGACAUGCCACCCGACGUUGGAUCUUCCCCAGGUGGUACUCGCAAACGAAGCUUUGAGGGCGACCAGCUAGACGACAGACCAAAUAAGGGACCUCGACUGAGUAAUGGAGACGGGGACUCUCGCUGGGGAGGAAGGGGCGAUAUAAACCCAAGUGGUUAUCGGGAUCGUGACCAGCCGCAGCACAUGAACGGCGGUAGACGCAACGCUCCCGUCUACGCUCCGCCUGAACAAAAACGAGGGAUAUGCAGAGAUUACCACAAUAAUGGCUACUGUUCUCGAGGAGCAUACUGCAAAUUCAGCCAUGGCGAAGACGCUGUAGUUCCUGGACAACUUUUUGCUGUCAAUGGUGGGGGAAUGCCUGGUGUACCCUUCAUGCCGAUGUUCCCAGCUGGAUUUGUCAGCCCAACUCCAGCAUACGACCCCCAUGAAUCUCGAAUGGAUAUGCGGCCAACAAAUGGUGCUGUCCGCCCACAACCUCGAGCCCCGUUGAUAUCUCGCGCUCAACAACAGGAUGGAGGCCCCAUGCUUCCUUCUGGAGAGCUUCCCGUUAUCCAAGACCUUACACCCCCGACAAUUGACCCACAAACGCAAACUCAACCCCCACUCAUGACCCCAAUACCGCCAGAAAACUACAACAACAACAUGCCAAUGGAUGUCGAUAACUCAUAUCCUAUGGGUGGGCCCAGUCGGCCUCUACCAUUCCGUGGCCGUGGCGCACCGCGAACGAAAGGUGUAUUCAACGGGGAAGUCCAUAAAUUCAACGGGGAGCGACGCAAUGAUAAAACUCUCGUCGUCGAGAAAAUACCUCAAGAAAAGCUCAGUCUGGAAGCAGUCAAUGACUGGUUCAAACGUUUUGGGACAGUGACUAAUGUCGCCAUCGACACCUCGGGCGGAAAAGCGUUGGUCAGUUUCUCGAAUAACGACGAGGCCCGUGCAGCCUGGAAAUCGGAGGACGCUGUAUUCGGCAAUCGUUUUGUCAAAGUAUUUUGGCACCGCCCGAUGGAAGGCCAAGGUCAGAACGGUGCCCGAAUGCUUGCUGCUUCAGCGCCGAUUGUUGCCAAUAUCACCACUAAACCCGACCCACCCGUUCCCACCCCUCCAGCCCCAAGACCGACAUCUUCAGUUCCACGAAAAGCUGCUUCAACAGCGUCCACGGCGUUGGCAGCCAAGCAGCAACUCCUCGAAAAACAGAUCGCCGAACAGAAAGCGCUGAUGGCUUCUUUGGCUACUGCUUCUGCAGACGAAAAGAAGGAUAUCAUGGCGAAGCUAAGGAAGCUUGGGGAGGAAAUGACUUCGGCACCAAAGGCUGACGACCCUGCAUCGAAAGAGCGAGAGAGAUUAGAUAAGGAGCUCGAAUUGCAUAGUGCGGUGGGAAAGGUUGAAAGUGAGGAGACAACAGAAGAUCUCAAGGCCAAGUUGGAGCGCUUGAAGGAGGAGGCUGCCAGUCUUGGAUUGUCAGAGUCUGGCCCAGAAACUUCGUGGAAUGGUGCAUCAUAUCGUGGUUAUAGAGGACGAGGGCGAGGAGCUCGGAGUUUCUAUCGUGGCGGUGCAUUCGCGCGCGGCGGGCCCCCACGAGGAAGCAUGAAGCUCGAUAACCGGCCCAAGAAGCUUCUGGUCAAGGGUGCCAAAGAAGACAGUCUUCAAGCGGUCAAGGACUGGUAUGACACCACGGGCCAGGUGGAAUCUGUUGCCCCAGCAGAUGAUGGAGAUAUUCUGGUCUCUUUCUACUCCCGAGCAGCAGCUGAGCAGGGACUCGCUAAAGGACAGAACAUCUCUUUGGUUGGACCCGUUCAUAUUUCGUGGUACACUGGUGCUCCGAGCAAUUCGACACUGACCAAAUCCGACUUACCCCUCGACCCACCAGACGAAAGGCCGCCUUCACCGGGCCUGGAAGAGGAGGAAGUCGCUGGCGGCUGGGGAGACGGUGACGACGACGGGAUGGGAAUGCCUUGA